AUGCACUCCAAACUUUAUGAAAAUUUAGAAAACGACAAGCUAAAUAUAUUAGAAGAUUAUGGUUAUGUUCGUGGCAUUGAAUAUGAAGAAGAAGAAUUUUAUUCAUUAGAUGAUGAAAAUACUAGUGGUCAGACAAAAUUCAAUUUUGAAACUGGGAUGAAAGACGUCGAUAAGCUACAACAUAUCUCUCAAAUUUAUUAUUUUAGAAGAGUACUCACAAUUCGUCAAAGCUCUUGUUAUCGUUCAGAACCACGUGCCAGUUGUCAACAAGUAUUCGUCCAACAGAAAACUUUUAUCAAGCACAUUGGUUUAGAUCACACCUUGAUUGUUCCAACUGAAGAACAAAAAGUAGAAUUGGUUAAAGCUCAAGGUUUUGAAUUUGCAAAAGAUUUUCAUAAAUUAAAUGUUAAAUCAAAACAACUGAUGAAAUCAUUGAAAUCUGUAUAUGAUGGUAGCCACUUUUAUAAACUCAUCAAUCCAACAACAACCGUUUCAAGUGCUUCUGCAUCAAUCCAUGGUCAUACAAAUAAAAGUUUAGCAGAAUCAGGUGCUUACAUCAUUGCUCAUAAUGAAAAGUUUGAUAGAGGAAUUUUAGCAAGUCAAAUUGGUAAAACUGCUGCUUCUGCUCCAUCCAUGUUUCCUUCAAUAGUGUUUGUUGAUUCAAUUCCAAUUUUUAAAAGGUUGCUUAAAAAAUGUGAAGGUGGUUAUUCAAUGAGUUCACUCAUAGACCAUUAA